AAUAAGGCCAAGGACCAGACAACUAACAACUCAGUGUCUGCUGACCCUGAGCAGGACAUUUCAUACAGCACAGUGAGCCACACCAGAGAAACAGCACAGCAGCAGGCCCCAUUUCCUGAAGAUGAUGAUGAUGUCACAUACAGCACUGUCAUCCUCCAGCACAAGGCCCAACUAAAAGUACAGGCCAAGGCAGCAGAACCAGAUGAUAAUGUGGUCUACAGCUCACUAGCUCUACAGGUGACCACACAGCAGAGGGCAGCAGCAGCACAGCAGUGACUGACUGAGUGACCUUGGUGGAGUCCUUAUCCUGGAAGGACAGUCCACUCCCCUCUCCUGUGUCACAACAUCUAUCUGCCUCCAAUAUGCUUCUGUCAUACCUCUUAACCCACGCCAGAAAGACCCCUCUAUCUUUUUGUGUCCAUAAACUACUGAAGACAGUCUGCUGUGUUAGUUUUCAUUGUUACCACAUAUCUGUUAUAUGUUAUUUUCCAUCCACCUUUCCCCUUGUCACUUGUUUUUUACAUCAUCAUCUUAUUUCUCUCACCUAAUUAAUUGUCCUAUGCCUGUAACUAAUCAUGAUCAAAAGUAUAGAUAGUAUAGUAUAGUAGCUACUAUGUAUAAUAACUACUGUACUGCGAUAAUAAAAUGUACUAUACUGUCUAUAUUGCACAAUGGACAUCUGUCACACCUGAUGUGUAUUUUUAAUGGAUUAUCAGAUAAAAUUGAGUUAAUCAUGAACAUAUAGUUAACAUUCUUUGUGGCUAACUGAAUUGGGCCGUUUGUUUUUGUCUCUCUCU